UGCCACCACCACCUUCUCCUCCUCCUUUCGUUCUUUUUCUUUCUUUUUCUUUUCUUUCCUGCGCUUGCGUCUUAGUCCGUUUCUGCACUGUGACUGGCGACACUUGAAACAGCAGCGGCGACACUUGAAACAGCAGCGGUGACACCAGCUAGGCCGGACCUCCUCGCGCACCACCUUGCUGCAGCUCGACGUCGCAGCAGCUCCGCCAGCGGUUCUGCUUCAUCCUCGGCCAGAUCGCGCACCGCAACCUCCACCAGAUCGCACCAUCGCCUCGGUCUGUUGCGCCACCGCCUUGUCGUUGCUCCAGUGCGCCUCUGACCACCAGGAACAGGUCUGUCAAGCUUCAUAGCGCCGCCUCCGUCUCUCUCUGCCACUGCCAGUCGGAUCCGGCCAUUUGCUUGCAGUCCCAGUGCGCGUAACUUCGAUCCGGCGCGUAACUUCGAUCCAUCACGCAUCGCUCGGGUCCGUCUAGUGCUCCUUCCGGACAGAAUCAAAGCUAUACCUUCGUUCUGCACCACUAGAAAACCCUAACCCUUCGAAAUUGCUUGCGCUUAUUGGAGAGCAGAAGAGAAGGGAACAGACGCCUGCAAAAAGUCUUAUCAAUCUCUGCAAUUGUUUGCAUACAUCAAGAUUAUGGAACCCUUCUUUCAUCAAACAGGAACGCGUACAAACACAUUUCGGAGCGCCGGCGUACCGUGUUCUGGGACGCACGACCCAAUACGCGGUUCCAAGGCAUCAACACAUGGGAUAUCUCCAAAAAGUUUAUGGGUGAGAAAGGAAUGUAAAGGGACUUGUUUAAUUUUAGGAAAAAAAUUUGAGUUGAAUUGCUCAACAAACAAAGAAAUGGAUGUGAUGACUUCCACUUUGGUUGAUGGUGCAACAGAGUGCUCAAAUGAAAUGGAUAUUAGGGAGCCUAGCAUUUCGACAAUGUUGAUGAACUUUGAGAAUAAGUUUGAUCCUUACGGUGCAAUGAGUACACCACUUUACCAAACAGCUACUUUUAAGCAGCCAUCAGCAGUAGAAAACGGUCCGUAUGAUUACACCAGAAGUGGAAAUCCCACUAGGGAUGCUUUAGAAAGCCUCUUGGCAAAGCUGGACAAAGCAGAUCGAGCAUUUUGCUUCACAAGUGGAAUGGCUGCUUUGGCUGCUGUCACUCAUAUAGUUGGAACUGGUGGGGAAAUUGUUGCUGGAGAUGACCUGUAUGGUGGUUCCGAUCGGUUGUUGUCCCAAGUAGCCCCAAAAUCUGGAAUUGUAGUUAAACGGGUAAAUACUUGCAAUCUAGAUGAGGUUGCAUCUGCAAUUGGCCCUUCGACAAAGCUUGUUUGGCUAGAGAGCCCAACCAAUCCUCGUCUACAGAUUUCUGAUAUUCGUGCAAUUGCAAAGAUGGCUCACACUCACAGUGCUCUUGUCUUGGUGGAUAACAGUAUUAUGUCACCUGUAUUGUCUCAACCAUUGGAACUUGGGGCCGACAUAGUGAUGCACUCAGCUACAAAAUUCAUAGCUGGACAUAGUGAUGUUAUGGCUGGCGUGCUCGCAGUAAAAGGGCAAAGUCUCAGCCUUGGCAUGGGCGGGUUUUUCUCUAUAUUUUCUAGCUUGGCAAGAGAUUUGUAUUUCCUGCAAAAUGCAGAAGGCUCUGGGUUAGCACCAUUUGACUGCUGGAUUUGUUUAAGAGGUAUUAAGACAAUGGCCUUACGUGUUGAGAAACAACAGGACAAUGCACAGAAGAUUGCUGAGUUUCUCGCAGCACAUCCACAAGUGAAGAAAGUUAACUAUGCUGGUCUUCCUGGUCAUCCUGGACGGGAUUUGCACUAUUCUCAGGCAAAGGGUGCAGGUUCUGUGCUUAGCUUUUUAACAGGAUCACUCGCACUAUCAAAGCACAUUGUUGAGACUACCAAGUACUUCAGUAUAACUGUCAGUUUUGGGAGUGUCAAGUCUCUUAUAAGCAUGCCUUGCUUUAUGUCGCAUGCAAGUAUACCAGCAGCAGUACGUGAAGCUAGAGGUCUAACUGAAGAUCUAAUUCGCAUAUCUGUGGGGAUAGAGGAUGUGAAUGAUCUGAUCGCUGAUUUAGACUAUGCACUGAGAACUGGACCGCUAUAGGUAUUUUGAGAGGGUUUUUAUGGACUUGACCGCUGGAGUAAAUCUAAAAUUGUCUCUGCUUUUAAUUGGACAGGCAAAUUAUUUAUUGAUUAUGUCAAAAUUAUUGAAUUUUUAGUGGUAAGUGCUCAACUUUCUGCAGUGAUUAGAAACGUUUCAUAUUUUAGCUUAUGGUAGUUUUUGAUUGAGUACAUGUUAAGAGGAAUCCAGGUUUUGGAUAUGGGACGAAAUUUUAAUGGUGUGAGUUGUUGAGGAAUAAAUGCUUUUGCCAUGUUUCUUUA